AUGCCUCCCCCGACGCGUCGUCGAACGCUUGGCCCCUCCGAGGCCACAGAAUCUCCGCUGGCUACCCGCCGCUCGCGGCGCCUCUUCGAUCAAAAGCUCGACCCUUCUCCCCCUUCUCCUGCCUCUCCUUCCUCCGCGAACUCUCCUCUGCGUCGCAGUCCUCGCAAGAAGAGAGACGCGAGCGCGUCUGCCUCUCCGUGCAAAUCGCGUGGCUCGGAGAAACCCCAGGGAACGCGUUCCAGGAAUUCAAAGGCGAAUGGGCGCGACGACACGGACGAAAGCGAGGAAGAGAACGACUCCUCCUCGUCGUACUCUGGAGAUGACAGCGCCGACGAGUCGAGCAGCGACAGCCUGGCAGAAGACGCCUCUGACGACUCCUCAGAGAGCGACAGCGCCGGUGAAGCGCGAGAUCGAAAGCGUCGACGCGGGAGAACCGGCACACGCGGAACGCCUGCUUCCUCGCGAAAAACAAAACGCGAAACUCCGCAGAAGCGAGGGAAACCAGCGCCUGACGGGGUCGACGACGACGGCUGGCUAGAGUGUGAACGCGCCGCAGCGGAGCUCGUGUGCGAGAUUCCGAUUCUCGCGGGGGAGAAAACGCGGAAAUUUUUCCGGAAAAUUGUGGUCACGGAGCGCCACAAAACAGAUAAAGUCGUGGACGGACGAAAAACCGACAUCAAGGUGUUACAGUACGUCGAAGUCGCCGUCGCAGACCGAGAUCGCGAAGCGGGGCGUCGCGGAAAAGACGGGGCCGAGCGAAGGAAACCCGUCGAAUACAGAAACCGAACAGCUGUUUUGUCUCCUGCCUUGUGUUUGUCGGGCGCAGCGCAAGUGAUGGCAAUUUUCCAGGAUUGGCCGGUGCGCGAGAAGAAGCGAGGAAGAAGCCGCGGGAGACAAGAGGGGAAAAUCAUGGUAGAGCUCCGGUGGCUGUACGACCGCGAAGACAUCGAAAACCACUGCUGGUGGAUGAAUGUGUCAGUCAGCGACUCCGACCUGCCGCAAGAAAGCUGGGAACUCGCCGACUCCGACAAAUGUGAAAUCCUCCCCGCGGAUUUGAUUGACGAGGCGGUUGUGGCGCACUACGAUCGAGAUUCCUUCAGCGCCUUCUUCGAAGCGGAAGAAGCAAAGGAGAAGGAAGAGAAGAAUCGCGAGAACGCGGUAGAGCCAAGGAAAGACAAGAGGGCGAAGAAAGCUGAAGGCGAACGCGCGGACGCGGUGGCGAGGCAGAAGCAAAACGCGUCUUCUGCAUCGGAGACGGAGGAAGAAGAAGCGGUUGAAUCAGUUAUCCUCGUGACGCAUUUCUUCUGCACGAAGACAAGCGCCAUUCUGCCGCUCGCAACGAUGGACCCUGACUCGUUCUUCCAGAUCAACUGGUCCAGCGAGCAGUCCGGCGCCUUCAGCUCGACAACAUCCCCGACACUCUUCCUUGCAGACGUGAGCGGGCUGCCGGGGACAGGGAAGACGGCGACUGUCCAAACGGUGGUUCGCGGCCUGCAAGAGGAAGUCGAGCAAGGCAUUCUGCCGCCCUUUGACGUGGUGGACGUGAACGCGAUGCGCCUGCCUCAUCCGGACUUUCUCUUCUCCGUCCUGCAUCGCCGUUUCUUCGGAACGAAGGCGCGGAGCACGCAACAGGCCUUUGCGGCUCUGGAUCGGUACUUCACUUCUUCGCGAGUGCGCGGCGAGAGGGUUCGGGCGAGAGGCCGAGACAAGGAAGAAAGCGACGGGGAAGACAGAGAAGACAGAGAAGAAAGAGGAGACAGAGAAAACCGAGAAGACGGGGAAGAGCGAGAAGACGAGAGCUACUGGACCUACUGCGACAGCAAGGGACGGCGUCGCGGCGCGAGUUCCCAGGGCGACUGGGCGAAGCGAAUCGUGCGGCGAGGAAGAGACAGGAGGCCUUGCUUGUUGAUCGUCGACGAAGUCGACUGCUUGCUGACCCAGAAGCAGCGCGUUUUGUACACGCUCUUCGACUGGCCGACGCACCGCAACGCGCGGCUCGUCGUCGUCGGCAUCGCCAACACGAUCGAUCUUCCCGACCGCUUUCUUUCGUCAAGGUGUGCGUCCAGAGUCGGCUUCGGCCGCCUCACCUUCAACCCUUACACCAGAGAACAAAUCGAAGAGAUUCUCCUCGCUCGCCUCCAAGAAUGCAAGCACCUCUUCAAUGAAGCGGCAAUCAAAGUUUGCGCGAGAAAAGUGGCCAACUUUUUCGGAGAUUUGCGCAGAGCGCUGCAGGUGCUUCGACGCGCCUUGGAAAUGCGGCAGGCGGAGGGCGUCAUUCACCCCGCCGACAUCGCCAAGGCAGCCACCGACCUCUUCGACUCGCCAAUCAAAGACGCCAUCACCGCACUCCCUUGGGGCCUAAAGCUCCUCCUCUUUUGUCUCCUCCAAGCCCAGCGCGUGGACGGGGGGGGCGUCCCGCUUCUCCAGCUGCGCGAUCGUUUCCAAGGUUUGCUGGCCACGAUGUCCUUCCAGUCGGACCCCAGCGGACAGGGCGCAGUUGUGCGCGGCGGGGGCAAAGACGAGACCGCGACGGCACGUGAAGAACGCGAAAACGACUUGCGCGCGACGCUCGCGACAGGCCAGGGCGUUGCCUAUGACGAACUCAAGACCAUGGUUGACGUUGGGUUCGGCCCUCUCCAUGUCGACCCGCUCGUCGACGAACGCGGCGGAGACAUGCAAGUCGCAAUCGCCGUUCCUCUUGAGGACGUCAGCAGUGCCUUCAUGGCCGAUCCGGACUUCCGCACGCUUCUCUGA